GAGGACGAGUGGGGGAAGGGGAAUGGGGGUGGGGGGGUAGGGGAGAUGGGGGUGGGGCUGGAUGUGGAAAGCGCGGACGCGGUCGGAGUGUGUGUGCGUGUGUGUGUUUGUGUGUCUCUGUGACCUGGGGGUCUGGGGAAGCCCCCUUCCAUUCUCCCAAAGCCCGGGCUGGGCCGCGGGGUUUGCAGCGCCCUCUCCUUCCCCUCAGCACGGGAGAGGCCCAACCAGGCCAGUGUGACCUUCCCGGCCCCCGCCAGGGCUGGAGGGAGACCCAGAGGGUCGGCCUUAGAAGUCUAGCCUUAUUAUUCCUUUCCCGUUUACCUUCCUGAGGCCCCGGAGGAACCUUAAUCUGUGGCCCUGAGUUGGGGUGGCCACAGCUCCCCCCGCCAGAAGCCUUCGGGGUGUAGCUCAAGAAGGCCUGGCGAAUCCCGACUCGGGUGGUGUCGCGAGACCCUUUUGCAGGCGGCGAGGCGAGGGUAGGUGGGCAGAGUUGAGUAAGUGUCCUCCCUCACUCGCCACCCCAAGCCCACCUGUGGCCUUGGGGUUUCCCGUCUGGGGGGGCGGCCGGGACCCCUCGUCUCUCGAGUCAUUUGCACCUCUAGACGCCCCCUCUUGGGCAGCGGACCCCGCAGUCUACCCUCACGGCUCCUCGCGAGGCCGGCGCCCCGGGCCCGCUCCCCCCAGAGCCGGCGCGGCUGGAAUGUUCUCUCCUCCUCGCGGGGCCGCUUCCUGUCCGCCAUGUUGGAAGCCGAUUCCUGUCACCGACUCCGGCCCACUGAGGAGCGGAGGGGGAAGGGUGUCGAGGGGGCUCGGCGCGGCGGAGCUGGGGGUCUCGGGAUCCCCACCCGCGGCCGCCUUGCCCCCCGCACUGCGGGGGCGCCGUCGCCCCCGGCCCGUAGCCGCCCCUCCCCCCGUCGCUCGCCGGGUUGUGUAACCCGGUGGCGGCCGCGCGGCCCCGGGCGGGUCCCUGGGGUGAGGGGCGGGGGCGGUUGGGGUGGGGGAGGGAAGCGGCCACGAGGGGAGCGGCCUGCACCGGGCCCCGCGCGCCGGCGGCCGCGUUUCCCGCUCCCGGGUGCGGCGGGAGGCGCGGGCGGUCCGGGAGAGGAGCCGGCCUCGAAGUGGAGCCAGGAGCAGGAGGCCGCGGGCGGCGGCCGCGGCGCUCCUUGGGGCAGGAGGGCUGGGGGGGUUACAUUUUGGAUAGAGGCGGUGCCUGAAGGCCGGGUGGGGUACCCAGCGGGAACCAGGCUCCCCGGUCACGAGUUUUUCUGCCACAGGAACCUCGUCUCCUGCCAGGAGAAACGAGGUGGUUCAUCCAUGCGGUUGGUUCACUACCAUCUUGCGUUGGACGAGGCUUUUUUCCCUGUAAAAAGGAAAGGUGUUUUCCUAUUUUCAAAUUGAUGCCGAGCCCCAAACUCUUGAUUUGAACAAUGUUAAAUUGAGGGUAAAAGUCAUUUUAGAAAACAUUUGAGAAGAAAUGAACUUUAAAAGUUCGUGACCAGGCAGAUUUUUACAAAUUAAAGGUUCUUUAUAAAUUGGAAGAGAAAUGAAUGAAGGGAAUGGUAAGAAAAUGGAUGUUAAACCCAGCAUACCAGAUGUGAUACAAACAGUUACUGAGAGCUGGAGAAAAAUUACUGUUCUGUUGAAGAUUUAAUGUAAUUUGAAGACUGAAAUUGGAAUGCCAGAUUUUCCACGUUUGGGGGUAGGGACAUCAGGUGUGCAGUAGAAAUGAACAUAAACGUGUAUUGGGAAUUAAUCUUAACGGAUUUGGAACAGUUUGAAAACUAUCAGAAGAUACACAUCACUAAAUGUUUUAACCUUAGGUCUUUUUCAAUUUAGGGGAAAGAAAAUCUUUAUCGUGGUUGCUUGGAAUUUAAAGCAGUAUUAUUGUUCGGAUUGGAAAAUUUUAUUUAGUUGGUCAGGUAUUAAUAUACCCCACCCCUGCAGGAAUCGUCUCUACAUACAGAAGAGCCCCUGAACCAUUCAGCCUCCGGCAUUCUUCAAAGUAGUAUGUCUAAUCCAGGAAGAGGAUAAAGAGGGGAAACUGGGCUUAGCGAAUUUUGAGAGAAUGUAAACAAUUUGGGAUGAACAGUUUUCCAUGUGUCGCCUGGUCACGAUACUGUGGCGUCAACAUGUAUAAUGCUAAUUUACUAAGAAAACUGAGCAUUUUUGAAAUGUGUCUGUAAUAUGUUGAAGUGGGCUUUUAUGACCCAUUACCCACAAACCUAUAAAGAGGAACCCGUUUUCUUUUUCCAGAAGAGGGCGCAAGAGAGGGCCAAAUGUGUUCAGUAAUUUGGGUUUCUAAUCCAAAAGCUAGAUUUAUUAGGACUGAAGUUUUGCAGAGUCCAUUUAAAAUAGGGUUAGAUGCUUUAGCAUGGCAGGCCUGAAUAGUGAAAGUGCAAAGAGCCCUUUGAUUUCUCUCAGCGAUUCUGUGGUAUUUGCAUUUUUUCUUAAAUACCUAAGUUUUUAAAAGAAAAUGUCUCUUACACACUUAGUGUAAGUUUCUAUAGAAAAAAAUUUUAAAGACUUUAUUUGAGAGAGAAAG